AUGAGGUUUGAUUGUUUCGAUGACCCAGAUGGAGCAAGUUCUGGGGAUGAAGAGUAUAGUUUGCCUAAGGAAAAUGCAGUAUUGGAAACGAAGGAUGACGAAGAGGAAAUUGGAGGAAUAAGUGUAGCAGACUCAGGUUUUUCAUUUCCUAAAAGGAAUUGUAGUUUUCGCAGUCUGUUUGACGAAUUAGAUAUCAGAGAUAUUGAUAUAGCGGUUGGUCAAACAUAUGAAUCGAAAAAAGAUUUGUUGGUUCGACUGAAGAUAUUAAGUGUGGUCCAAAAGUUUGACUUUUAUGUGCCGGAAUCAAGGCCUACUUUGUAUAUUGUAAAAUGUUGGGUUCGUGGUUGUCAGUGGAGGGUGAGAGCUUCAACGAUAGGUGAUUCUCCAAUAUUCCAUGUUCGGAUUUAUCAAAGGCAACACAGUUGUUCAGUAACCGAAAGGUCUGCACGGUCUAGAAAAGCAACCCCAGAUAUAUUGGCUUUUCUCUACAAAGAAUUCGUCGGUGGUAUAGGAUCUGGUGUUGUGGCAAAUCAUGUUGCUGCUAGCCUUAAUCUACGGUAUGGUAUAAAGAUGGGUUAUUGGAAAGGUCAUCGUACUCUAAAGUGUGCCCGUGAAUUAGUAAGGGGUAGUUAUGAAAGUGGAUAUUCAGAACUACCUUCGUACUUAUACAUGAUUAGAAGAGAAAAUCCAGGAACUCUGACUAGGUUAGAAGUAGAUGAGUUAGAUAGAUUCAAAUCUGUUUUCAUAGCAUUUGGGGGCAAAUAUCUUGGAACGUUGCUAAUGGCGACGACACAAGAUGGCAACUACAACAUAUUUCCUCUAGCCUUUGCUGUGGUUGAUACGGAAAAUGAUGACUCAUGGGAAUGGUUUUUUAGACAACUCAGCCGUGUUAUUCAAGAUGAUGAAGGGCUUGCCAUUAUAUCGGAUAGACAUAAGUCCAUCGGGAAAGCAAUAGGAAAAGUGUAUCCUCUUGCUAGUCGUGGGAUUUGUACUUACCAUCUCCACAAAAAUAUUCUGGUUAGAUUUAAAGGUUCUGAGACUUUUGGUUUGGUAAAGAAGGCUGCAACUGCUUAUAGGCUACAAGAUUUUGAUGAAUUGUUUCAUCAAAUUCAUCAGGUGAACCCAGACCUACAUGCGUAUUUGGUGCAGGCUGAUGUAAGUAAGUGGAGUCGGGUACACUUUCCAGGUGAUAGAUAUAACUUAACCACUACCAACAUAGCAGAGUCUCUUAACAAUGUCUUAAAAGCAGCUAGACAGUAUCCGAUAGUUAGCCUCCUAGAGGAGAUACGGAUGAUGUUGACCAGAUGGUUUGCUGCGAGACGGAAACAAGCUACGCUGAUGACAACUGUUCUAACAACUCAAGUUGAGGAGCUUCUCCAGGCCCGAGUUGUUAGAGCUAGUUUACUAGAUGUGCAAGAGAUCGACCAGAACCAAUACGAAGUUAGAAGCGGGCCAAACAUGCAUGUGGUCAAUCUAUCCCAGAAGAAGUGUUCUUGCCGUAUGUUCGAUGUUGAUAAAAUCCCGUGUAUACAUGCAAUUGCUGCCGCACAGACUGCUAAUGUCUCACGGAUUUCUAAGUGCCAUCAAUACUUUCGAACAGAGUAUCUACGCCUUGGUUAUGCGAAGUCAGUUAUGCCGAAGGAUGAAUCAUGCCCAUUACCAAACAAUGUUGUUGAGAAAAUAGUGAAAACACCACCGGUGAGGACUCAAUCUGGAAGACCGAAGCUGACUAGAGCUAAAGGGCCAUACGAGAUUGCCAUGCAGAGUAAAAGGCCCAGGAAAGCCCAUUGUUGUGGAAACUGUGGGCAUACCGAGCACAAUCGUCAAACAUGCAAUGUUUAA